AGCGGGACCUGCCCUCCCGUCGCCAUUUUUCGGUCUUGUACUCGUACUUCUGGUUGCUCGGGUGAGGGGGGGGACGAGCAGAAUUAAGGGAAAGUAUAAAAUAUAGAAUCGCUAAGCCGGUAUGCCUGUCUGGAAUGCACGCGAGAGUAACGGUAUAGCAUAACGGAAGUGCUCCUGAGAUGCACGCGCAGGACACAAGCAGUUGCUGUGAAAUAUUUUUUUUGUGUGAAGACGUGUUGCGAGCCGCCAUUUUUUUGCUCUGCUGCCCCUGAAGUCUGCUCUGACUCGAGAAAGGGGAUUCAGAAACGCAAUUCCAUGACGUGUGCCUUAUCGUAAGAACAAGAAGAGACAAACUAACGUUAAUCAUUUGGUUUCCGACCCGGGGCUACUGGCAACCUUUUGCAGACAUGUGGAAUUAACAGAUGAAAAACUGAGGCCACCUUUUCCGUUCUCGUAACUGACACUGACUGGAGGAGAUAAAUUAUUAGAAGAGAAGCCUGGUGUUUUCUCGGAAGGCGGAAAGAAAAAGGGAAGCUUCGUUGAUCAUUUGUAGCUUCGGUCUCCGUCGAUGUUUGUCUCAAGUUUUUGUUGUUUUUGUUUUAUUUUUGCAUUUUGGCUUUUCAAACCAUCACUCAGCCACUGACUGCUGAACACUGGAACCACAUUAUGCUCCGAAGUUGAAUUAAGCCAGUCGCAGCCUCUCUCUGAAAACGUCAGGUUGUUUUUGUUAUUAUUAUUAUUUUGUUAACCCGAAGUCUUUGGAGCCGUGGAAAACGUGGAAAACCUCUCGGGGCGACGAAUGCCCUGCCCUACAUCUUCAAAAUCCUCCAAUUUGCUGUGAUUGGUUAAUUCCAACCACGCAUACACAUUGUAACUUAUUAUCUAGUUUGUUUUGUAUUUUUCUUUUUCUUGUUUAUAGACUGAUAACUUAUUUUUUAAACAGAAAUGUCAACUGCUCGGUUUGAUUCAGCUGAUCGGUCCGCCUGGUAUUUUGGACCUGUGUCACGACAAGAGGCACAGAAUAGGUUACAAGGACAGAGACAUGGCAUGUUUCUUGUUCGAGACUCGUCGACCUGCCCCGGCGACUACGUGCUGUCAGUGUCUGAAAACUCCAAAGUUUCUCACUAUAUCAUCAACUCUUUGCCCAGCAAAAGGUUUAAGAUAGGCGACCAAGAGUUUGAGCACCUUCCUGCCCUCCUGGAGUUCUACAAAAUUCACUACCUGGAUACGACCACGCUGAUAGAGCCAGCCCCCAGGUACCCAAGCACAGUGAGUUGUCCCAUCCAGCCUGUUGGUGGCCCAGAGGAGAAUGUGGAGUAUGUGCGGACUCUUUACGACUUCACUGGUAGCGAUGCAGAGGAUCUUCCCUUCAAGAAAGGGGAGAUCCUUAUCAUCUUGGAGAAGCCAGAGGAGCAGUGGUGGAGCGCCAAGAGUAAAGAGGGACGUGUUGGAAUGAUCCCUGUGCCCUAUGUCGAGAAAUUGGUACGACCUUUACCUCACCCUGGUCAACCCUCCCUUGGAUCUCGCAACUCCAACAGUUAUGGAAUCCCUGAGCCCUCCCACACCCUUGUCCAUGCCUAUGCUCAGCCCCAGACACCAUCGCCGUUGCCCCCUGGCACACCUGGAGCAGUUAUCACUCCUCUACCAUCCAUACAGAACGGCCCCGUCAUGGCAAAGGCUAUCCAGAAAAGAGUACCAUGCGCCUAUGAUAAAACAGCUCUCGCUCUAGAGGUUGGUGACAUCGUUAAGGUUACACGGAUGAACAUCAGUGGUCAGUGGGAGGGAGAGGUGAAUGGACGAAGGGGCCUCUUCCCGUUCACCCAUGUCAAAAUCAUAGACCCCCAGAAUCCGGAUGAGAGUGACUGACCUAAGAGUUCGACCACAAUCUCUCGCCAGUAUCGACCUGUACCUGAAUGUGCUGGCUGUCUCCACCUUUUCCCGCCAGUGUCACCGGUCGGCUACGUGCUUGCCUGCUUGGGGCUGUACAAUAGCAACCCCUCUGUUGUUGCCAACCAUUGCAAGGCUUUCUGACUGUUUACAGCUUUGGACAUUGGAUCCAAACUAAAAACCUGUCCCCACUUUUCCCAGGUCCCUUUGCCAUGUCUUGGUUCCAGGCUGGGCAGUGUUGCAUUAGUGUCCUUUUCAUUUCCAGACCACUGGGCAUCAGUGUGAGUGUGUAUGUGUGUGCGCAUGUAUAAGUGCAUGUGUGUGUAUGUGUGUGUGUUCACAGUUGAUAUUUACCCCAUUUCAUCACAACAGGUCUUUAUUUUUAUUUGCUUCUCUGAAUAUUUGUCAUGUUUUAAGUCUUGGAAACUUUAGAACGUGUUGGUGUGUGUUUGUUUUGUUGAUGUGAGGAUAUUUGUACGAAGUAGGGAAAAGCAAUAUCCCUAUGGACUAAGGAGAGCACUGAGGCAAUGAGGAGCUAACCAGCCAGUCAAAUGUUAUUUCUUCAAACAAUCAAGUCACUGUUGUACCUUAGCCAUCACACACAAGCACACACAUGUACAGACACUUAUUGGCCAUGAGCCAUUCAGGUUGACAGGUUUUUGAAGUGUAUGUGGUGUGUGGCUGGAGUCCGGAGGGAGUAGGGGAGAAGGGUUUGUGGAAGACCUAACUCAAGUCUGGCUGACAAGAAUUAUUUAUCUUUUGUCAAUAAGACACGACAAUAUGUGAUUUAAUCCUUUUUCUUAUUUCUGCCAUAUGAUCAACAAUAGUUUUUUUGUGACAUGGAGAAGGUGGUAGAGAGGUAACUGCAUGUCUACUUGAUACCUCCCUUUACUGUCCUACACAUUAUGUUUGAACUAAAAGGACAUCGCUUAGAGAUUAGCAGGUUUUUAGUGCCAGAAGCACCAAGCACUAGAAGAUUUCUGUCAGCUUUCUGCAUAAGAGUGCAAAGCUUUGAACAGGUUUACAGAAGUCAGAUGGUAACGGCAGUAGCCCUGGGCAGCACUUCCUACAAGUAUCUGACUACAGGGCUAGCAAAAAAAUGCAGUGUGGGCACAGGGACUGAUGAUUUUCAACUGAAGUGAGAAACUCCACUUUCCGUGGCUUAGAUUAGGUAAGGAUGAAAUGUCUCAGCAAGCCAAUGAGAUCCCAUCAAUGCCUUUUCCAGAGAGUAACAUAAGUGCAUCUCUUAGCGCAUGCAAUCCCCCCUCUAACCUUUUGUUUUUAAUGUGAUGUUAACUCUUGUCAAUUUAGGAUUUCAGCCAGCUUUAUUGCUUAAAUAUUUGGUCUGUGCACAAUUAUUGUGUCUUUUUAUGCAAUCAGACCCCAUUGGAAUAGUGAAAAGGAUCUUUUUUUAAUACUGCGCUGCAUCCAGUUCUGUUUGAUCAUUAGGAGCUGAGGAUUAAACAGUUGUGCAAACAGUGCCAACCCCUAGAUCUGCUGUAAAAAUGAACUACCCCCCCCCCCAAUCUCUCCUAGUGCUUUCCAUGCAAAUUAUUGCUCAGCUGUUCACCCAGAGUAAUAUUGCGCAGCUUUUAGUUGUGUCCCAGUCUUUUUUGUUUUGUUUUUGUUUUUUGUUUUGGUUUUUUUUUAGUUUAUAGGCAGUUAUGAAAUCAAGCAUUUGUGUUAAAAUGAAUGAUGUUAUUAAACAGAAGUACCUAUGGUGACAUUUACAAAAGGGAAAAAUGCCUGCUGGUUGCCUCUGUGCAUGACCUCUUGGCUGGGGAGAUGGUUCUACCUGGCCAAAUGCUGCUUAAUGUCAUUUAUGUCCUUAAUAAAUAAAGGUUUCUUUUGUUUUGAUCCCUCCUGGUUUGUUUGCACAAACCAGUCUGGGUUUCCUCAUCAAAUUAAUGAAAUCUACUAAUUAAGCAAUACAUCCUGAUUAUUUCCUUUCUUGAGGUGAACUUGCUUUUCUCAUGCUUCUGAUUUGUUUUGUAAUGGCAUUAACAGUAUUACUGUGCUCUCUUCUCAUAUUCUAGGAAAGCCUGUCUUUUACUUAAGAAUUGAAAAUUGUGCCUUUUAUUUUCUUAUACCAUUUACAUGUGUUAAUAUUUCUCAUGGUUAACACCUGUGCUGGUAUUGACCCUUUAUGUACAGAACAAGUAAAUAAAAUUUACGUCUACUUCUUUAA